GGUUGAAAAAAACCUCAUUCAAUUUCCUAUUUCUUUUCUCUCCUUUAAAACGUUCCUGUUUUCUUUUCAUUCUUAUAAAUUUAUAAUAACUCAACCCCACCUUGUGAAAGUUGAAACUCUCUGCUUUAGUUCUCUCUUCUUCCUUUCCCCUUUUCUUUAUUCCUAACUCUUAUCUCUCUUCUGUGAUUCAUUUUUCACUCACGGGUGAAUCAGAGAGAGAUGGAAUAUACAACAAUGCUAUUAAAUCUUUCACUCUUUUCAUUUUUCAUGUAAUAGAGUAACAAAAAUACUCUUUUUCUUUCAUUUUCAUGCCUCUUUUUCCUCUUCUAGCAUUUUGUAACUUCCUAGGUGAUAGAUACAAGUUAGAAUAACAAUAACCAGUUUCUGAUUCUGAUUUUUACAGUUUUGUUUUUCACUUGAGUCUCUCCACCAUGACUUCACAAAAGUUCAACAAUGGUGAUAUGAGUCUUUUUCCUUUAGCUCCUAUUCCUUCAACUCAUCCUUUUGAUUCCAAAGCUCUUCCUUUGACAAACCUUGAAAAGGGUCUUCAGAUUUUGAGACCCUCAAUGUUUAAGUCCAAAGUAGAAGAUGGGUGCUUUGAGGUUCAAGGAAAAAACCUGUCUUUGAAACUUGGUAAUGAAGUAGAAGAUAAAAGCUCUGUUUCUGUGAAAGUUGGAUACUCUAAGCUUUGUUCUAGAGGUCAUUGGAGACCAAUAGAAGAUGCUAAACUUAAGGAGCUUGUUGCUGAAUAUGGUCCUCAAAAUUGGAACUUGAUAGCAGAACAUCUUGAAGGAAGAUCAGGAAAAAGUUGUAGAUUAAGGUGGUUCAAUCAGCUAGACCCAAGAAUCAACAAAAAAACCUUUUCUGAGGAGGAAGAAGAGAGGCUUUUAUCUGCUCAUAAAAUGUAUGGUAACAAAUGGGCUAUAAUUGCUAGACUUUUUCCAGGGAGGACAGAUAAUGCAGUGAAGAAUCAUUGGCAUGUGAUCAUGGCUAGAAGACAUAGGGAACAGUGUACUGUGUAUAGAAGGAGAAAGCCAGUUGUUGUUGAAAGUCUUUCAAAGGAUUUAAAGUUAAGUCUUUCAAACAAUGCAGCUAGUGAUUCAACUAUCUCAAGCACCAUUGAUGGAAAUGUCUCAACUUGCACUAAUCUUUUACUCACUCCUUCUUCAGCUAAACUAGUUGUUCCUGUUGAGAAUCACCAAGGCUAUGGAUCACUAAUGGACAAAUCUAGAGAAAGUGUGGUGGCAACUAGGGAUGUGAAUUUUGACAAGUAUUUUGGAGCUUGUAAGAAGAAUGAACAAGUGGAAAAGCUAAAGCUAAUAGAUGUGGUGGUGGACCAGUCCAAUUUUUCAGAUUCAAACUCUGAAGUAUCAGUAUCUGAGUCAGUUACCACCAAUAGGUCCAAUAUCUCAAUUUCUGGUGAAAGUGAAAAUGUUGGUGUUAAGAUUAACAUGUUACUACCAUUCAUUGAUUUUCUUGGAGUAGGAGCUAUACAAAGCUAAAUGGUUAGGAAAGUGAGGGUAGUCAGAUGCAAGGGAACCGUUUGUGUUGGGUGAAAAUGAGUCUGCUGUAGUGUAUUCCCUUGUGUACAGUUUGUUCCAUAAAAGGCAAAAAGUAAAAAGUGAAAAAAAUGAAUUGAGGGAAAAAUGGAAGAAAAAAAUAGGCAUUAGUUAAGAAGAGAGAGAGAUAGUGUGUCUGUUAUGAAAGUGAUGAUGACUUCGGAGUAGUUAUGAGAUUUAAAGAAGUAUAAUAAAUUGUAUAAACUCCUGGUUUUGGACUGUUUCUCAUAUAGCAGAAUACUAGUCUAGGGGCCUUGUUUGUUAUGCUGUGGUACUUUUGGCAUUUUGUUAAACAGAAGCCAAAGUUUUAUGACUUGGAUGGAUGGAUGUACACUUCUUUAUUACAUAAAUCAACCAACUAACCUGCCUUUGAAUUACU